GCUAGCUCAAUUGUUUGUUUGCAAAAGGUCUAUAGUCAUAUCUGACAGGACAGCAGUAACACAACUACCGGUAGUGAAAGAGAGUUAACAUCUAUAAAGAAGUGUGGAGACCAGUUGUUGGGCAGAGAACUGUGGAAAACCAUGCGCCUUCUAUCCAGGCUCUAGGUCUGUUAACCAGUAUGCGCCUAUUACUUGAUGUGCGCUUAUUAACCAGAUUAUACGGUAGAGCAUAUCGUUAUUGUUGAGGGGUCCAAGUUACCCAGUAUUACGCCCAUGCCCAUGUUUGUACAAGAGCACUAAUUUGGUUUCAAUGAUACAUAAUUGUUUUGGCUUCCUUUGUGGUUUAGGCAAAAUGGCAAACAAAGGAACUGUUAGCAGUGAGGUGGCUGAUACUACCUGUCACAUCUGUUUGGAGCAGUACAAGAUUCCAAAACUGCUGCCCUGCGGGCACUCUUUCUGUCUCCAAUGUCUAGUCAAGAUUGAUGAAGCCAACACAAAGCCUAGAGCUAGAGCUAGAGGUUAUAGGCUAACUGUCAUCUGCUGUCCAGAAUGUCGAACUAAUCACAAUAUUUCGAAUGGCCCCUCAUCUUUGAUGACUGACUACACCAUGGUGUGGGAGCUACAGACAUUGGCCUGGCGUGCUGGGUUGGAUAAGAGGCGCUCUGUUUGUGGUGGGUGUCCCGAUGGUCGUGGUUGCAGCUGUUUCUGUGUCGACUGCGAUGAUUUCUUGUGCUCAGUCUGCGUACAACCUCACAAACGAAUGAAGAAUUUGGCCAAACACAAGUUGAUUGAUGUCAAAGACCUGGCUACUGUCAAACCAACGCCGGAGCCUACAACGUGUGCAUAUCACCCGUCCCUACUGGUCAGCAUGUAUUGCUCGACUUGUAGUCUGCUCAUCUGCACUGACUGUAUUGCUAGUACUAGCCACUCCACGCACACACUUCACACCCUCACUGCUGACAUACUCAAAUCUGUUGAACAAAAACUGGAUGACCUUAUCCAAAACACAGACAAAGCUGUAUCUCAAAGAGUUCAGAGGAUCGAUGAAAUCAACAACGCUCAAGAAACGAUGAAAGAGAAUCCAAUGAAAUUGAAACAAGCUAUCGAUGAAAUAGCAGACAAGUGCUUGUUAGCUGUAGAACAGCUGAGGGCCAAUGCACAUGCACAAGUCGACCAAAAACUGGCAACCAGCUUGGAGAAAAGUAAUGAACAAAAACAGAUGAUUACUGGUGAACUAAAUACGCUCAAGUCUUGUAUACGGUUUGUACGGAAAACGCUUUCAUGCCACGAACCGGCUGCCAGAACGGCAAUGGUUGCUAAGGCUGCUAGUGUGUUGUCAGGGGUUACAGUGACCUCUACUGAAGUUUCAGCAAUUGUACCACUUUUUAUGGCUGUAAACGAUAUCGAAUCCAUGUUCCAGUCUGAAACACUAGUGUCAGAAUUCAACCCAUCUAAGAUAAAGGUGACUGGUUGGACUCACUCUACCGUCAGAAAUCAGAUGGUAAUACAAGUAACUAUCCCAGUGGUGCCCCCUCCAAAGGCAGAGUUCAGAGUAGAAUACAGUAGCUUUCGUCGAGAGCUUCCAUUGAAGGAGGUCAAGGCAGUGGACAGCAAAACGUGGAGGUUAGAGUUCACUCCGUGCUACAUUGGAUACCAUUAUUUGAAGGUGAAGCUGUUUGAUCAAUGGUUGGAUAUUCCAACGUCAUCACCACGCAUGCAUAGAACGCAUGGUGAUCUGAUUAAAAUUGGAGGCUUUCUGAGAAAGGGUGACAUUGUACGACCUUUGACGAAAGAUAACACUGGGGAUAGCAAAGUUGGAAGAAUUGGUGAACUACGUAAUCGUCCUAGUAAAAGAGGGAGCGCUAACUUUUACACGAUGGAUAUUACGUGGAAUUAUGAUACAGACGAUUCAGUUCUAGAAGAAAACUACGAGUUUUCUUAUUCAGAAGGCAGUGGUUACCUUCCUUUUGAACUUGUCUUUAGCUGAACACACUUUAGCAGAAAACAUUACAAAUAAUUAUGUUGUUGAGUUAGGCAAGUGUGUUGUACAACUGUAAUUGUUGUGUGUCAAUUAACUUGUUGUAUUUGUGUGGACACAAAGUUUCUCUGUUGCAUCAUUAAUGGCAAGCAAAGCAACUGUCAGCAGUGCAGUACAAGCACCCAAAGUUGCUGCCUUGUGAACACUCACUCAUUGUGUCUCAAUGUCUGGUCAAGAUUG